AUGAAAUAAUAAACCUAUUUCAUCAGGCCUCCUGCUGAUCUUUCCUCUUGUCAUUCUGUCAAUAAGAACAGCUUCACCAACAAAGUAGAAACGUCAAAUAGCCAAGGAGUUCGUAGGAAGACCCCGAUAAUAUCUCAGCCAUUGCAUUCUCCAGUUCAUCUGAAGGAUCUAUAUCGAAACUAAAUAGCCAAAGGGACUUCUAUUAAUCACCCACUUCCAGAAGGAUCAAUCUCGAAGUUUAAGAUAAUAAAUGAUUUCUCUGGCUACAAAAUGCCUACUGCAAGAAGAAUGAAGUCUGAUGAACAAGUGGCAACACCUAAGCAAAUUAAGAAAACACAGAACAAUCACAUGAAUAACAUCAAAUUUAGAACAGAUAGAAAACCUAAUUAUACUCCUGUUGUAAAAAUGAAGACAGAACCUAAUGACGUAUGUGCUCAUUCUAUUUCCAAAAAGGAUGAAUCUCAAGAAAUACUCUUCCGUUUGCACAAGAAAUCAAUUCCCACAGAACCUGAUGAUAAAGUGUCUUAGAUCUUAGGCAAUCAACUCACCAGAUGUAUCAAGAAAGUAAACUCGAUAGAUAAUUCUAAUCCAUUUUUUAUUAGGAUAGAACAAGAUAGUCAGUUCUUAUAAGAAACAAAAGAAAAAAAACAAAUUCUUCAUCAAAAUAACUCUUAAACCAAGGAACAAAUUUUAGACUUGUUAUGUCUUUCAACUCAAGAUUUAAAAAGAAAAUUUGCAGAAUUAAAUAAAGUAGGCAACUCUAAAAUUAAUACAAGACAAUCUAACAAAUUAUUAAUUCCUAAAACCGGAAGAACCAAAUUUCCAACUGAUUUUUUUAAUGCUCUUUAACCCAAUUCAAUUUUACAUUGA